UUUCCUAUCCAUCUGUUGUUUUAAAUCUUAUCAAUGUCUGUUUUUCAGGUAUUUGCCAUGAUUGAAGAAGAAACCAAAAGGUAUCGCCCAUCAAAAAACUAUCUUGAACAUUUACCACCUUUAGAGUUACACGAAUUUGAGACCGAGAUGCUAAAAAAUGAAAUGGAAAGAAUGGAACGAGGACAGCCAAUCAAAAUGUUUUCAAUGGAAAGAUAUGAGUUGCCGGCUCCUUCAGCUGCCAGAAGAAGUGAACCUACUGAAUGGUUAAAAGCAUAUGAAAAUUCGCAAUCUCAAUUAUUUCAUCAGGAUGUCAGACUUUUCAACCUUGAUUUACUUAGUAAAUAUGGUGCAGAAGCUUGGAAAGAAUAUAACUCUAAACUAACAUCAACAAUUGGUUCAUUGCAAAAACAACAUCAUGAGUUGAAGAAAGAAAUGCAAGAAGUAAACUGGCAACGAAAAAAUAGUCAAACAACUGCUGGUGAAAAAGUAAAAAUUUUGGAAGAGAAAUGGGUUACUUUAGUUAGUAAAAAUUUCGAGAUAGAAAGAGCCUGUGUUGAAUUAGAGAAUGAACUUCAAGCUUUGACAGAAGCAAAAGAAAAGGCAAACGCAAAAAAAACAUCAUCUAAUGACGAUCCUGAUUGAUAUUUUUGUAUAUAUUUUCAUCCUAAAAUUUGUAAUAUUGCUUUGAAUAGGUUUGAUAAAAAAUUAUGACUUUA